AUACUUAGUCCCACGCUUUGGUCGUCAUCCUCCUGGGAUCCCUGUCGCCCUCACCUUCCAUCCUAUCAUACAGGCCCCCGUUUCCGCCUCACCGCUCUCCCGCCUACUGACGCCGGCUGUAGGUGUGCUGCGCACCCUUUUUCUAGUCCCCCAGUACCCUACCUACACUCUGGACCGACCCUUCCUGUUGCCUGUCUGCUGUUCGGUCCUCUGCCACGCAGUCCAGGCCUCCUUACCUACUCCUCUAGCUCCGAACGCCCUCCUCUUCCUACUUCCUACUUCCGUUCAUCCUACUAUAUCAUCGAUCCGUCUACUCUUCCAUCGACCCGCCUCUCCGAUCUUGUCUGUCGUUCCCCUGAUGGGCCUCUUCCAUCAUCCGACGCUGUUGCUGUCGCUGUUGAGGUAGUGUGUGGUUGACGAGGCGUGGUUGGUCUUCAUAGAGCCCUCAUCGCCGUGCUGCAGUCAUGGCAUCUGCACAUCACUCCAGAAGGUCCAGGGAGGACUCUCGUCCCGAGAUGCCCAUUGGCCAUUACACCCGACUGGAUGAGAUCGGUCGAGGGAGCUUUGCCACGGUCUACCAAGGUGUUCAUACGAAAACACGCACUUAUGUGGCAAUCAAAUCGGUCAAUAUGUCCAAGCUUAACAAGAAGUUAAAGGACAACCUGUCCACCGAGAUCAACAUUCUCAAGGGGCUUUACCAUCCACAUAUUGUUGCUCUCAUAGACUGUCAUGAGACGACGUCUCAUAUCCAUCUGGUGAUGGAAUACUGUGCCCUGGGAGAUUUGUCCCUUUUUAUCAAACGGCGCGAUAGUCUUGGCGAUCACCGGUACACACGGGAAAUGAUCUCCAAAUAUCCUAACCCUCGUGGUGGUGCUCUCAGUGAAGUCGUUGUCCGCCAUUUCCUCAAACAACUGUCGAGCGCCCUCAAAUUCCUUCGGGACCGUAAUCUCAUUCACCGUGACAUUAAACCGCAGAACCUCCUACUCUGCCCAUCUCCUUCAUCCUACCGGAGUGGGAUGGCUCCGGUGGUUCCCUUCAGAGGCAGCGAGGACUCCUUCAGCCCUACAACGGGGCUGGAGUCGCUGCCUAUGCUCAAAAUUGCCGAUUUCGGCUUCGCCCGUUCUCUUCCUUCCACCGCUCUUGCGGAGACUUUGUGCGGUUCGCCUCUGUACAUGGCCCCCGAGAUUCUGCGGUACGAGAAAUACGACGCCAAAGUAGACCUUUGGUCGGUGGGCACAGUACUCUACGAGAUGGUGGUAGGAAGACCCCCUUUCCGUGCAAGCAACCAUGUCGAAUUACUCCGAAGGAUUGAGAGAGGCGAAGACAGGAUCAAGUUUCCCGAAGAGAACCCUGUAACCGCCGAGAUGAAGGCACUUAUCAGAGCCCUCUUGAAGCGAAACCCAGUGGAACGACUGAGUUUUGCUGACUUCUUCGACAAUGGCAUUAUUACGGGACCGAUUCCUGGUCUGGUGGCCGACGACACUCCCUCACGCCGGCGUUCCUCCGUCGAUCCAGUGGCUGCGCAGCCGUCGUCUCGGCCCGCAUCUCGGACUGGGCGUAGCACUCCGACGGCAGUCCACCGCGAAAGAGAUGUGCCAUACGCUGGGGGUCGGGGCGAGCCGUUGACGCAUCCGAUUGCUCAACGGGCCAUGACACAAAGCCCUCGACCCGAUACUCCUCCAACGCCGAUGCGGAGGACUGGGAGUGCGGAUCGGCCUGUUUCUACCCCAAAGGAGGCCACACCACCAGCGUCCUACCCGACAAGACCGAGUCCGGUGUCUCUUGCAACUGCACCAGCUCGCCAGGAGCUUGUUGACCGCGCUCCCACGACAGCCACCACGGAACGGCAACGAAGUCGUACCGCUUCUUCGGGGGUCCCUCAGAUCGAUAAGCCUGCGGACAAGACCAAGGAUGAAAGAGAGCAUGCUGCACAAGAAGUCGCGUUCGAAAGAGACUACGUGGUGGUGGAGAAGCGCGCGGUGGAGGUGAACGCCUUCGCUGACGAGAUGGCAUAUAACCCUCGGAUUCAAGGUGGGUUUCACAGAAACGGCCAAGCAGGCGCAGUUUCUCGCCGCUCGGGGACAACUCCGAGCACACCGUCGGCCAUGGCCUCGUCACCGCAAGCUUCUCCCAGCAAGGCGAUGCAAAUCAUUUCGGGCCGGUCGCGCGCGGAUUCAGCCCACAUCCGCCAAAAUUCUUACGGGCGUCGGUAUGGACAGAGCCCGACGUCGGCCACAUCAGCGAUUUCGAAGGCUCUGAAUAUGGCCAGCGGACGUCUGUUUGGGAUGAGCUUCUCGCCACCUAUGACCAUCACGAAAGGCGGACGCUCGCCUCCUUUGGCGUACAACCCGUUCCCGGCCUAUCCUAGCGCACAGACUAGCCUGAUUGUGCUCACUGAUGGGUCUAGGCCCAGCGCAACCCUGGACGAAGACAGCAAGACUGUCCAUGAGCUCGAGGAGUGUGCGACUCGCAGUGAUGUUGUGUAUGGCUUUGCUGAAGUCAAAUAUAAACAGCUGAUUCCGUUGGCACCAUCGGUUCCAACCGACCCUUCGGGAAAGCCCAUGCCGGACGUCGUCGAUUCGGCCGACGGUGGGCUCACGGUCGAUGCUAUCGUGACUCUAUCGGAGGAAGCCUUGGUUCUCUAUGUCAAGGCCCUGUCCUUGCUGGCCAAGUCAAUGGACAUUGCUAGUACCUGGUGGACCCGCAGGAACCGGGCGGAGGCUUUUGGUGAGUCGGCAAUCAGCAGAGCUGAUGCCGCGAGCAAUCGGAUCAACAAUGUCGUUCAGUGGGUGCGCAAUCGAUUCAAUGAGGUCCUAGAGAAAGCGGAGUUUGUCCGCCUCAAGCUGGCCGAAGCGCAGAAACGAUUGCCACCGGACCAUCCCAGCCACCCCAGCAAUCAUUCGAUUGGAUCUUCCCUAGGCUCCGGAGCCUCUACGGAUGUUUUCGUCAGCUCCGGCGUGACUGCCGAAAAGUUGAUGUAUGAUCGCGCCCUGGAGAUGAGCCGGGCGGCAGCGAUCAACGAACUUACCGGUGAGGAUCUAGCCGGGUGUGAGAUCGCGUAUGUCACGGCGAUCCGGAUGCUAGAAGCCGUGCUGGAAGACGACGAGGUGUCGCGACCGGGCCACAGCAGCGGCGCCGAAAGAGGCAAUGCCGGGAGGGAGAACGACAAGAUCAUGCUGGACGGUGUCCAGGCGGAGGAUCGCCAAGUGAUGGUUAAGCUGGUUUCUAGUAUGCGGAAUCGCCUGGCGGUGCUGCGUCAGAAGCUGGCCCGACUUUCGAAGCGCUACACGCCCCCGUCCAGUGGACCAGGCAAAAUGCCGCCGUCGAAUCUUGUGUCUCUUGCCCCGGCCGUGGGGGCCACUCCCCCGAAAUAAGACGUUGGCCGUUACAACCUGAAGCAUGCUGGCUCAUGCUCCAUUCAAUCCUAGCGUUCUGCUCUUUUCUUCUGCAUGUGUUCGCAUACAUUUGAUGCCCGACUCUGGCGAGAGUCGCUUAUGCAGGCAGGUGCAUCUGGCCUAUGACCCGCGGACUGCUUCUUCUACUUCUUCUGUGUUUGUUCCCUUCUUCUUACCUUCCUACCGUUUAUUUCUUCUUUUCUCUCUCUUUGGGGGUUUCAUAUACACAUCACUACGCGAGUGGCUGA